UUAUGAUGGAACUUACAUCUUUGCCUAAAUUCCUUUGGACAACUGACAACAAACUUCUUCAUCACCAUUUUCCGGACAUAUUGGCGACUGUUCAUACCACACAAGACAUUCCCGAAGAAGUUGUUUUUGGACCAUGCAUGCUCCAGAACACCCUGCUGGACACUGUAGCUUUUAUUGCUCUGAAGUGUUCUGAUAGACGGAACAUCCACUAUGUCUUUAAGGUAGACGUUAAGUCUGUGCACAGUCCCACAGGACUGCCUUGGAUGAGACUUGUACAAGCAGCUGCCAAUAGCAAGGAGCAGAACUUGGAAGCUUACUUAGAAAACAGUCAGUUAUAUUAUCGCUCUACCAGGAAGAUCAAUAAAAAUGAGGAGCUGCUUGUCUGGUAUGAUGAGGAGCUUUCCUGCCUCUUGGGUUUCAAUGAGAUAAAAGCACAGAGUCUACAGAAUGAGUUGAGAUGCCAAGAAUGCAACCGAAUCUUUAAAUGUGAGCAUUCCUAUCUCUCCCAUGUCCGCUUCCUAUGUGUCCCAGAGAAGAGCGCCCUGCUAUGGAGAAACUUCCAGAACCCUAAGACUGAAAAGAACAACUUAGCUGAGCAGACCACGAAUUUCCACAGCCUGGCAAGGGAUCUAGAGGUCAAAAUGGCAGCUUGUGAAGAUGAUGCCCAUGGUCUCACAGGAGAAAGGAGAGCAAAAUCUGAAGAGGCUGAGAACAACAGGAGCAGGAAAACAGUGUUGUUGGAGAAAACCAAUAAUCUAAGUGAGGAACAUAACUAUGGGGGCAAGGAAGAGGUUGGGGGAGAGCAUGCAUUGGCUGGGUCUUUCUGGAAACUUAGUUCAGGGAAGCAGUCAGCUAGGAAGGAUGCUUUAGAGCAGAAGCAGAGUGCUUUCACUGAGGUCAGGAGGAUGAAGGAGAAGCUGAGGAAUGAGAGACCGAAGGAGUCAGAAGAGGAGGAUGGCAUGGACCCACUUGGUAAAAAGCAGGUAUCAAAGGAAGUGUUGCUGAACUCCUCCAGUAGUGCAUUCUCCUUUGUGUGGCCCACCAGAGCCCCAGGAGAACAGAAGAGUGCUUUCAGCAAACCCAGUAAAUGUCUAACAGAAAGAGCUGCAAUAAAUUCUUCUCAUCCCAUGAGUGAGUCACCAAAGAGCCUGGGGGAGCUGUCUGGCUUCAUUGCCACCACAGACAUCAUGUACUGCAGCACGCUUCUCAAUUCCAAGUUCUUUGUCAGUGAUUUGUGUAAUGCUCAGAUGCUGCAGACAAGCAUCACUCAGAGCAAUGUUUUCCCAUAUACCUCAGAACCGUGGCCCAAACAAGCAGGAGGGCAGUUACAAAACACAACCACCACUUCUUCUUCCUCCUCCUCCUCUUCCUUGACUCUUCUUCCCCCUACUUUCACAUCCUUUGGAGUGGCUGCCCAGAACUGGUGUGCCAAAUGCAACCUGUCCUUUCGCAUGACAUCCGAUUUAGUCUUCCACAUGCGGUCACAUCACAAAAAAGAAUACUCCUCAACUGAAUCCCAGUGCAAGAGGAGACGAGAGGAGAAGCUAACAUGUCCCAUUUGUCACGAGUACUUCCGAGAACGCCAUCAUUUAUCCCGGCACAUGACUUCUCAUAAUUAGAGCUGUGCAGACAGAUCUCACCAAGGGACUGGGCAGGUUGGGUAAAGGGGUAAAGAAGGGAAAUGUAGUUCACUUGUAUCCAUUUCUUUUUGAGUUUACAUUAAUUUCUUACAGGAAAUCAGUGUUUACAAUAAUUUAUAAUAGAUGCUUUGCAAAAAAAUAUAAAAUGUUUACAAGAGUCUGAGUGGGUUGUAAGUUUUGAAAACUCAACCUAGCCCUUGUCAAUCUAUUUUUGAGGAAAUAAAAUAGUGA